AUGCUGAAGUCGAUUUUUCAGACGCCUAGUUUUAUUUCGCGACUUACGCAUAACGUUGAACCUCCGCCAAGCCGGCAAUACACUUACACUUCACAACCGACAAGUCCGCAAAUACGUAGAAAUAUGCCACCGACUACCGUAUACCGAGCCGUCGAUAUUCCAUUUGACGAAUCGCCAGCUGCUUAUCAACCUAAGAAGGACGAGAAUCUCCAUACAAUCAUGGUAACGAUGGGAAACCAUCCGGUCCAAAAAGGACUUGGAUUCACAAUCACUAUCGAACGUGGCCGACCAACCGUUGAUAGCGUUGUGGUUGGUACUCCAGCAGACCGAGCUGGGCUCCUUAUUGGUGAUCAUGUAAUCUCCGUAAAUGGCGAAGACCUCAAGGAUAAAUAUCCUUCGGCAAUAAAUCGACUCUUGCACGAUGCGGCGCGUCUGGGCGAGGCGGAAGUCGUCGUCGAGCGUAAGAGCGUCGCUCAAGUGAAGUCGUACACGUCACCGGAGAAUUUCGAUCGAGCUCGUUCUGUUUUCAACGAAACGAAAACUGUAGACUCAUACGCAGAGUUCAAACGAAAACAUAGCCGAGGCAUGAACUUCUACUUCUCUCCAUCUGCGCGGGAUUACAACUCUCUUCCAAGAUCCACUUCAACUGGCAACAUACCAACCAAGAGAGAUAAUUCGCUGUCCAGUAAGUACCCUUUGAUUCAAUGGUACAGUACUGGUUUCAGUGCGGAGUAG